AUAUACUUGGCUUUUUCUCCUCUCUAUCUACCCUUCCUCUGUAUAUUUAUUUCUCAAACAACCACUAUAUCUAGCUAACUCUGAAAUCAAACAAAAGAAACAAAGAUGAAGUUGUUGAAGCUUCUGGUUCUGCAAUGUUUCAUGGUCUUGAGUGUCGUCUCGAAAGACUUUGACUUCUACUAUUUCGUCCAACAGUGGCCGGCAUCUUAUUGCGAUACAACGAAAGCCUGCUGUUAUCCGAUCACAGGGAAGCCACAGGAGGAUUUUGGUAUUCACGGCCUUUGGCCUAAUAACAAAGAUGGCUCGUACCCUACUGAAUGUGAUUCAAACAACACUUUCGAUUAUUCUCAGGUGGUAGAUCUGACGAGCAGCUUGCUGGAGAACUGGCCAACGCUAGCUUGCCCCAGUGCUUUCGGAUUGACGUUCUGGGGACACGAAUGGGAUAAGCACGGGACUUGUUGCGAAUCCUACCUAGAUCAGCACUCGUAUUUUGCUCAUGCUCUGCUACUCAAGGAGAAAGCCAAUACCCUCCAAUCCCUCGUAGCUGCAGGUAUUACACCGACGGACGGGAAGUAUUACACAUUAAACGAGAUCAAAGGAGCGAUCAAAGAAGCAACGGGGUUUACACCAUGGAUCGACUGCAACAAAGAUGUAUUUAAGCAAUAUCAGCUCUAUCAAAUUUACAUGUGUGUUGAUAAAUCCGCGCUUCACUUCAUUGAGUGCCCUGUUUUUCCUUAUGGAAAAUGUGGUAGUGAAAUUGCCUUCCCUUCUUUCUCAGGAUCCUCACUUGCAGCAAGUUAAUUUAGUUAUAACUAUUAGAUUAUAAAAUUACAAUUAAUGUGUGUAAAUAUGACAUCCCCUCGUUAUUUUUCGGGGACAAUCAAAACACACCACUCUUACUUACAUCUUACAUCCAAGCAGUACUAUCUCUUCGAUUGUAAGUUGUAAUCUCGAAUAUAUGUUCUUCGAAAAGGAGUUUGAGAAUUCGAUUCUCGUAUUAGGAGAAUGAAUAGAAUCAAUAAAACCUCAUUCUUCCGCUUCUUAGUACAAAAUUCAAGUUUGUAUUUUAUUUUAUUUUCCAAUUGUUAUUGGAAAAAUGCCUACAAUAAAGUUAUCGUGACAAAUCUGGUUUAAAUUAA